CCAGCAGGAAUCUCUUCUCAAAAGGAUCUCACCAUUUUAUUUUACAACACUUCUAUGGCCAUAUUAUGUUUAGGCUACAUUUGGUCUGAGAUUACAUUUCACCUAAUUGAUGGUGGACAAAAACGAUCUAACCUCUCAAAUGUGUACUGGGUGUGAACUGGAUCACGUUCAUUUGCAAAACGUUCGCGAACAUUGCAGAUAGAAAUUAACGUCAUUCAUUAUUGAACAUAUCGAAGAGGCAUGUUUGUUCUACAUAGAAUAUUUCUAUCUGGACGUUCCAAAACUUUAUCCUGCUGAACGCGCCCCUGUUCUUGAUUUUUCGCACUUUUGCGGGUACCUUGUUUUGACUGGAAAUCGCAACGGAGUUUGAAGCUGCCUCCUCGACCUAUUUUAAAACACGUACAUUUACUGAGACGCAGUGAUGGCCUAGAAUCAAGUGAGAAAAUCCAACAAGUAACAAUGGAAUUGCAUUAUGUGUUUGCUAUUAAAUUAGAGUUGAUACAGUUGCAAUGGGAUGACUGCAUGCCGUAUUUUAGCUAGUUAUUUUCUGUCUAGUCGUGGGCUAGCCCAGCACCAAGGAACGGAUGUAAAGAAACGCGGAAGCGAGUUCAGUGUUCAGACCAUGUAGUCAGAUGUAUUUUUGCAUUUAUAAAUAAUUUGGGAUGACCCCCCCUCCGCCUUGCAUAAUCCAUUUGUUAGUUUUGAAGGCCAGGGGUUACACUGCAUUCGUGUACCAAUAGAGCUCCCCGUUUUUUGUUUGCAGUGUUUUUAGGCUGAUCCUAAGCGAAUUUAUUGGAGAAAAAAAAUACGGCCUAAAUGGAUAGGUCCUCCGUGUUUUUGUCAGUUUGUGUUUUGUCAGUUUGUCUUCUUUAGGUAGCCUAUUUAACUUAAUUAAUUUAUUAGCAAAUCAUUUAUAAUCUGUGAGCAGACUUUGAAUUGAGGCAGUCUUGCCAGUGCAUUACUGUAGCCCCAUACACACAGCGCUAUGGCUAAUACAGUUAGGAAGACAAUAUCCAGAAUCUGUGUUACAGGUCUAUGGUUGGUAGUGGGAUCUUAUUUUCUUCAUCACACGAGGGAUGCGAUAGCCUGCCUUACUGCCCUUUUCACAGAUACUGCCUCCGCCUUGGAGGGAAACAAACAUUGGUCAUAGGAAAUCUGCCUCUCCUGAUUUGAGGAAAAUGUUUCGCCCUGGGAGAGAAAAACAUCAGACUGAACCAAGGGAAGUCUCUGCCUCCAAUGUGGCAAAACUCAGCAAUAAGCUCAAAGCCAUCUUGAAGAAAAAGUAUCAAAGUCCGCCAGGGGGGGAAACUGAGAAUCCAUUUUAUAUACAUUGUGAUCUCCAGUAUCCACCUGGUGAAAGUGGAGAGGGGAACCAACAUGAGUACAUUCAAAUUGAGCCAACCUACAGGAAGAGACACCAAGGGACAUGCUCACCCAUAGGUUUAUACUUUGAUUCUGAAAUAGGCAACGAACGAGUCAGAAUAGCACUGACAAAGGGCGUCUCUGGUAUUGGCAAAACUAGCCAGGUGCGGAUGGUUAUUCUUAACUGGGCAGAGGGAAAAGGAAACCAGGAAUGUCCUCUCUUAUUUCCUCUUCCUUUCCGGGAGCUGAAUUUGCUGAAGGAGAGACUGAGUCUAAUUGAACUUCUUCACAAGUUUUUCCCAGAACUGAAAGAACCUGGAAUUUCCAACUUGGAGAACUUCAGAAUUUGGCUCAUCUUUGACGGGCUGGAUGAAUUCCGACGUCUUCUUGACUUCAAGAACAGCCCGAUAGUGACCAAUGUCACAGAGGCCUCCUCCGUGCCGACACUGCUUACAAACCUAAUUAACGGUAAUCUUCUUCCCUCCGCCGCUCACAUAUGGAUUACCUCCAGACCUGCGGCAGUCAGUCGCAUCCCUCUUCAGUACAUCAAUGAAGUGACUGAAAUCGAAGGCUUCACAGAUUACCAGAAAGAGGAGUUCUUCAGGAGAGCAAUCAAUGACACGGACCAGGCCAAUGCAAUUAUUGCCUACUUGAAGUACUCAAAAAGCCUCUACGUCUUGUGCCAGAUACCUAUUAUCUGUUCGAUUUGUGCGUUACUCCUCGGGAGACAGACAUUUCUAUUUGAUAAAGAAUGUUACCCCAGAGCUCUGACUCCAGUGUACACUGACCUACUCGCCCUGUUGCAAACACAGAACCAGAAUACACAGGAGAUGGCUAUUAAAUUGGGGAAACUAGCCUUUAAGCAGUUGGUGAAAGGCAACACGGUUUUCUACGAGGAAGACCUACGAGAGUGCAACAUUGAUGUCCAAGUGGCAGCUGCGUUCGCAAAGGUGAACAUACCCAUCUUUAGGGAGGAUAUUGGGCUGCACCAAAAGAAGAUCUACUACUUUGGGCAUACUACCAUUCAGGAGUUCUUUGCUGCAAUGUGGUUUCUUCAAUCCUGCAACAGCCAAGAGGAAAACCUGAGAAAUGCAGUGGACAUGGCCUUGCAGAGCAAAAACGGAAAGCUGGACCUCUUCCUCCGGUUCCUCCUAGGCUUCUCGCAGAACUUCAUCCAGUCAAUUGCAGAGGCUGGCUACAAUUCGUCGGAGACACUGACGGAAGUAGUAGAGUAUAUCAAGAAGAAGGUCAUGGAGAAUCCCGCUUCACCGAGGACACUCAACCUGCUGAACUGCCUGACAGAACUGGGUGACAGCUCUUUAGAAACUGAUGGCGUGCACUUUCUCCAGACGGGAAUCCCCCCAGAUGCCAAAUACCCACGUGCACAUUGGUCUGACCUGGCCGCUCUGUUAGUGGCAUCAGAGUCUGGGCCGAUAGACAUGCUUGGGUUGGAAGUAAAGAAGAGAGGAGACAAGGAACUUCUGAGGAUGCUGCCAGUGAUCAAAGCUUCCCAGACAGCCACGCUCUCAAACUGCAAGCUGGGCCUGGAGCUGAGUCGCGCUCUGGCGGUGUUACUGAUAGACAACCCCAGACACCUGCGAGAGCUGGACGUCAGCAUGAACGACCUGGGAGACGCGGGGGUGGAGCUGCUCAUGGACAUACUGAAGUCAACCCAGAUAUACAAACUGGAGUUGUACUGUUGUCAGCUCACUGAGAAAUGCUGUGAGAACAUGUUUGGAUGUCUGGUGAACAUCCCCAGUCUGAGGGAGCUCAACCUGAGCAACAACAACCUGAAGGACAAGGGGGUCAAGAUGCUCUGCAACGCCUUCGGACUGCCCGCCUGUCAACUGGAGAAACUUAUUGUGGCGAGCUGUGGCAUCACCCUAGUCAGAGGGUUUCAUUUCAACUCUAUCCUCAAAGAGCUGGACAUCAGCAGGAACCAUCUGGGCGACUCGGAUGACUGGGCCGAAGUCUUGUUCUGCUUGUCUUCACUUGAGACCCUCAGGCUGAGUGACUGUAAACUGACAGAGAAAUGCUGUGGGGUGCUGGUCAAAGCUCUCAGCUCCAACCUCACCAACCUGAAAGAACUGGAUCUCUCUGGAAACGACCUGGGAGACCGCGGUGUGAAGACUCUCUACAUGGGACUGACGUCCAGGUGUUGUACACUAGAGAGACUGUUUCUGAGAUGCUGUGGGAUCACAGUAAAGGGCUGCUCCUCCCUAGCCUUAGCCCUGAAGUCCAGCCACUCCAGCAUCACAGAACUAGGCCUGAUGGGAAAUGACACGGGAGAAGAAGGACUGAGAAUUCUCUCCGACAUCAGGGACAACCAACGCUACAAUCUACAGACUCUAGAAAUCAACGAUUGAGAGAGGUCUUGACUCACUUGACGGGGUUGAUCUUGGCGUCUCGGCUUGAUCUUCAAGUUCUGUACUCGCUCUGGUCAAGUGGUUCACUGUAAAGGGAACAGGAUGCCAUCUCGGACGCAGACUGGGAUUUGCAUUCAAACAAAUGAAUUGACCGUUGUACAGACUUAUUAAAGAAGUGCCUAAACUUGAAAAAGUGAAUUAUAUCGAAUUUUAUAGAGUAGGAUGCCCUUUAGGAUGUAACCACAGUGUCUGUGUACUAAACUAAAGGAUGUUACUGUCAUGUGGAAGUCAAUUCACGCUGUGCCUUGGUCCGCUCAUUUUGAAGAACAUGACAGAAUAUCCCACCACGCAAGGACCAAGCAGCGUGCCAUGGAGGAGAAGGUGUUUUGGACAUGGGAGGAGCCGCCAAGGAGCAUGGAAGGACAGCGACGACGCCGGGGACCAUGGCCACAGAACCCCCAAGAUUUUUUUUUUGGGGGGGGGGGGCACAUGGAGCUGGUGGUCGAGCAGCGGAGAGUGCCAGAGCCUGUUUGGGAGUCGGAGGAGGAAUUCGAUGAAAGAUUCCGUAGAGAGGUGGUAGCGAUGAGAGUGCUGCAGCACUGGCGUGCUGAAGAGCGUGACACCAGUCCGGUGUCAUCUGCACCGGUUUCACGCAUCAGGCCUCCAGUGCGCCUCCCCAGUCCAGUACAUCCUGUGCCAGCUCCCCGCACUCGCCCUGAAGUGCGUGUCACCAGUCCGGUGCCACCUGUACCUGCUCCACGCACUAGGCCUCCGGUGUGCAUUCACAGUCCAGUGCUUUCGGCGACGGUCAACGGGCCGGAGCCUCCGGGGACGGCGUCCAGUCCAACUCCAAGGCAGGAGCCUUCCUCUGCGCCGGUGCCCAGUACGGGCACGGCGUCCAGCUCCAGGGUGGGAGCCUUCUUCUGCGCCGGUGCCUGGUAAUCGUUGCCUCUAAUUGGGGAUCAUAUUUAGGUAGCCGUUUUUUCCCACCUGUGUUUGUGGGAUAUUGUUUGUUUGAGUUAGUGUGUGUGGGCACUACGACUUCACGUUCUUUGUAAGUUUUGUUGUUUUGUUUCUAGUUUCACUUUGUAUUAAAAAGAUGUGGAACUAAAUUCACGCUGCGCCUUGGUCCGUUCGUUUUGAAGAACGUGACAGUUACUCAGUACCUUUAACCUCAAUCAUGCUCAGUAACCUCGAAGUCCAUGCAGUAUUUUUUUGCACAUCAAUGUCAAGACGUUACAGUAUACGAUGUAGCCUUUACUGAAGAGAAGGGUGAUGCUAUGUUUUACAUAAUGACCUUAUUGUGUUUUCUUGUUUAACCAAGGAUGUGUCAUCAUUGGGGGCCUAUAGUGGGACUGAAUAAAUGAAUAAUCCAUUUGAAGACGUUUUCACCUUUA